GCAGGCGACGACAACCAUGUUCUCUCCAGCACGACGGCGGUGCGCCCAAAGCCUCGCAAAGGCAUCAAUUCACCCAAGCGAUUCGAUACCGACAUUCUUGCUGCCCGCAUUUGCGAGACCCUCGCCACACAGGACCUUUACCUCGACCACGCCAUGUCAGUCGAAGAUUGGGUCUCUGCCGCUCUCAAUUCCCCAGGGAGUCACUUUCCAGGUAGUUGCGCCUUCGGCAAAGGCUAGAGCUUCACGAGUACAAGCAAUGUCUACUGUACAUAUUAAGGGACCGCUCGGCGAACUCUCAAUGGACAUUCCACCAUACAUCAACAUCAAUCAAGAUCCUGCUCUGAAUGGGCCCACGUUGACGAUAGAGGAUGAAAGAGACAGGAAGCAAAGGGCAAUGUGGGGCCUCGUGCGCGCCUACCUCCACAACCACAUCCUCGGCGUUAGCGAAGGCCACAGCGCGAUCCUGAGUUUCGUCGGUGUUGGAUUCCGUGCCUCUGUCGAAGAUACCGCAACAACCGUAAAGUCUGAGUACCCUGGUCAGAAGUUCAUCAACCUGAAGGUCGGAUACUCUCACCCAGUCGAGCUGGGCAUACCGAAGAACGUCACCGCCAGUACACCGCAACCGACACGCUUACUACUAGAGGGGCCAGAGAAAGAAGUCGUGAUGCAAUUUGCGGCAAAUAUAAGGAAAUGGAGGGUACCAGAACCAUACAAGGGCAAGGGUAUCUUCGUUAACGGAGAGACUAUCAAGUUGAAGAACAAGAGAGUGGGCGGUAAAUAAGCGCUGAUUGCCAUAUUCAACAUCUGUAUCGUAUCUGGCAGGAUAGAACGCCGUAGGCGGUGUUGGACGAGACCUACGAUACCCCAUUACGACCAGCUUGAACCGAGGCGGAAUUCACGAACAUCACACUUCGAA